GUAAUUUUUUAUAUUCGGCAUUACUAUUUUCUAUCUUUUUUCUACUAUCGAACUGAAAUAAUCACAAGCGUCAUUAUGUACAUGUUGGUUCCGGAAUAUUCUGUGUAAUUUUCCUUUUGUGGCAAUAAUUAAAACCCAUAAAACGGUUGUAAUAAAUUAAAAAUAAAGCCAGAGUCACCAAUAAGUACUAGUAAGUGUGUAAAUUAGGUGUAUUCAGCAACAGAAUGAUUUGAUGAAACUAGCAGCUAAUUGUACAUAUAAAUAUUUGAAAAUCAAUUUAUUAGAUGUUUAAAACAUUAAUAUUGGGUUAUUUGAUUUGUUCCAAUUAAACGAAUUGUAUAUUAAUUAAAUAAAAAAAUGAACUAUUUAAGUACAUAAUAAUUUUUUUCCAUUCUGUGAAAUAUUUCAAUUAACAUAGCAUUUUUUCUAAAUCGCAAAUUGUACGAAAAUUUGUCAAAAUGCCAUACAUCAAGAAAUUUGGUAUAAUUAGAAGACCUGGAGUUUGGAAGCUAAGAAAUCAAUUAAAAAGAAAACCUCGACCAGCUGCAUCACGAAACGCAUUGUACGAGAAAAUUAAAGCGAAUAAUAAUAAUUUAGCAACAGCUUUGUCAAAGGAAAAACAAGAGAAACAAGAAUAUUUUAAACAAUGUGUUGCUUUAGAGAGUAAAGUUCAAGAGCAAGAAGUAUGUCUUAAUAGAUUUAAAGAGAUCUGUAAGCAAAUAGAACGUACCUCAAAGGAAAAUUUAAAAGUAAUGUAUCAACUGAUGACAGCUAUAACGGAGAAUACAUCAAGUAUAGUAUCCGUAUGUCAACAAAUAACUGAUAAGCGUCCGGUAAGUUCUCCAAGAUAUUCAAUAUCCACAUCUGACUCCAAACGUCAAUCAGUUACAACGAAAUCUCCUGCACGAGGAGUCGUUCAACCAAUGGUUAGUGGCCACACAAUAACUAAACCAGUAAUUAAUUUGAGUAGAAUAAAUAUGCCAGGAGUUCAAAUUUCACCAAAUUUAAGUGAUAUUGAUGAAGAAGUUACUCCAGAAAGUAGUCCAGUGCGUUCAACAAUACAAACAACACCGGUUGCGAUCAAUCAGGAAAGUAGAUUUACUCACAGGCGAGCUGAAAGACUUUUACCUGAAAGGAUUAUUGUUACUCCAACUGAUGAUGAACGUGAGAGCUUAUUAAGACAAAGAAGUAAAAGAUCAUCAAGUAAAUAUUCUCGAAGGAGAUCAUCAAAUUCAUCUCGAUCAGAGAGUUUUGAAUCAAGGUUUAGUGGGAACUUUAAUGAAACAAUCAGAAAUCCCACUGUAGCACUACAUGACGUAUCCAAAUUACUACAAAAUUCACAGAGUGUUAAUGUCCGAACUUUUCUACAAUCAACUGGCAAUUCCGAUUCUGGUAAUGAAUUACUAGCAUCGCUUGAUAAUAAUGAAACGAAUCAUGAAUUAAAUUCCACGAAUGAAUUAGAUAAUAAAUCUGAUGAUAAAAUGAAUGCCGAAAUUUCCGUAGAAAAAACAGCGUCUAUAAUAAAAUCAUUCCAAAACAUUGAUGAUGAUGAAUCUGAUGUGACAUUAACGUUCCAUCGACAUCCUAGGAAAAAUAAAAAAGAAAACACAAGUAAUAAUAUUGAUGAUCCUCUUGAAGGACCCAGUUGGCUUCAUGAUUCACGAGCAACAGAAUCAAACUCUACUUCACUCUUAGAAAACACCGUUAGGCAUACAGAAUAUGAAGGAUGGCUCUUUGAAAAGUCAAUUCAACUUGAAAAAAAUGUAGAAGCGACAGCUCAAAAAAAAAGUUUAGGAAAUAAAACUCCUAAUGAAGAAAUUAGUGACGACGACGAUGGUGAAGUUUGUCGAGUUUUUAAUAUGAAUGAGUACAAAACGUAUUUAAAAACGAUAAACAAAAAAACAGAUGAUGAACAUUCUGAACCCGACAUAGUAUCUCGUUCGGCAAAUGUAACUGUUUCUAGAGGUAGGCCUGUCACAAUAGAUGAUGAUGAUUUUACCAUGUGUUUUAUUAAGAAACCAAAUCCAGUGUCUAAUGGAUUAGCCUUCGAUUUAAAUGAAUUACAACUUCCUCAACUCGAAAGACCACUUGUUCAACUAAAACCUCCUGAACCAGAACCAGAAAUUACUACAACAAUUAAAAUUGUACCACCAAAUGCUGAAAUGUUAUCAAAUAAUAGAUUAUCUUCAGAAAAUUUCAGGUUAUCACCAAUGCAACCUAAUAAUUCAGUGUUUAUUCCAAUGAUUCAAGAAUCGAUGCGAAUGUCAGGUUUAGAUUCUACCGAUUCACCUGAAGAAAAUAAUCAAAGUACUGAAGAUUCAAACUCUACAGAAGUAGUAUUGAAAAAACGUAAUCGAAGACCUCGUGAGCUAUCCUCCAGUGACUCUGAAUAUUCAAAUACUCCAGGAAAAAAUAUAGUACUUAAGAAAAAAAUUUUUAAAAAGAAAGAUCCUAGAUCUGCAAAAGUUGUGCUUGAAAAAUUAGAUGAAAAUCGUCGAACAUCCAAUGAAUUUAGAGAAUGCUUAGAACCACAAAGUGAUUCAGAUAAUAGCAACACCAGCAUAAAACUUUCACAUCGACCUAAGAGACGAAAAGCACCAGUUACACUUAAAGAGCCGUCUUUAAGAGCAAAACUAAGACGAAAAUAAAUUUUGUUUUAUAAUUUUUGUAUAUUUUUUUUAGUUUUAGAAAAUUGCAAAAUUAAUUACAGCGUUUACUGAAUUUUCGUAUUCAUGUGUUUUAGGGAUAAUGACUCCAAGAUAAUGAUUAAUUUUUAAUUUGUUAUCGUAUAAUAAUCAAUUUUGAAUGUGCUUAUUUUUGGAAAUCACUUAACAAUCGGUCAAUAAUCAAUUUGUAAAAAAUGAUAUUAUCAUUAUGAUUUAAUAAGUUUUAAACCCAAUAACACAUUAUGAUCAUCUA